GUUUCCUUCCGUAGCUAUGGAAACACAGAAUGGCAGCAUCAGCUUCUGUCGGGCGAUCUUCGCCACUAAGAUAAUGUGAAAUUAACAGCAUCAUGUGAGCAGAGCUUGUCGAAAAUUGUCGCAGCAAUUUGCGUCAUGUGUCAUUACCUGCUAGUUCACGCGAUGCGGUUGACAAGGAUAGUCGUUUGACAGUAAUAUGAAUCUGAGGACCAAGCGCAGGAUAACUCUCUGUACAGCGUGUUGCUUUUUUGUCAUCACCGGAAUAGAAUACGCUGUGAUAUUGCCGUCGGUAUGGAUGUAUCUCAAGAACUGCCUCGAGUCGCCCGAUUAUGCGAUCGCCGUGGUGAUCUCGGCGUGCUGCCUUACAGGGCUGUUCGUGAGCCCGUUCGUGGGUGUGUGGGCAGAUGGGACGCGCAACGUGCGUUCAGUUUUACUGGUUGUCAAUGUGGGACAGUUCGCGGGCAGCCUGCUGUACUUCGUUGGCAUAUCUCCUUGGCUUCUCUUGGUUGCCCGGCUGCUAUCAGGUCUGGGCACGGGAACAGCUGCAGUCAUACUAGCUGAUACAGCCCGCUCUACAACCGAGAAAGAUCGCACUGCCACGUUUGCACUGCUGGCAGGCUUCCGUGAACUCGGCCUUAUUGUUGGAUCAUCCCUGCACGUCGUCUUUGAAAAUGAGAAUCUCAGCGGGGGAGCAUUUCCGUUCGAUCGCUAUUCCAUUCCUGCACUGCUGAUGGCCUUCCUCUGGCUACUGAUGGAAGCCUGCUUCUUCCUGGCGUAUUUCAACAUGGCCCAGCUUUGCCAUCAGCAGAGACUUGAAGACACUCUGCAAUGCAGCUACUUGGAAGCAAGCAUGGGCAAUGUCUCAGAGUGUGCGCCACCACCCAGUCCAUUCCCCCAGCACCGCGAGCUUCAGCAUGACUUGGAUCAUGCCGAUAGCAUCAGUUAUUCUGCAGGAGGGCUGUCAUCACACCACCCCUGCCACCCGCACCGAAUGAUUCAGGCUCCUCUAAUGGGCUCGCUCAAUAGCAACCUUGCCAAAAUGCAUCGCAGCCCGCUUAACUUGUCCCUGGACGAAGGUGAUCUCUUCAGCGAUGCCAUGAUCGAGACUGCCGAAAGGUUCAUACUGAGCUCAGAGUCUGCCAACCCUGGUGCUGCUUUUAGGAGCACGUUCAGUGCCCCUCCAAGCAUGAGUGACAUCGAGCAGUCUGCGACCCACUCAACCUCCGACAAUGUCAAGUCAGAAUCUAUUGUGCCAGAGACGCAGGUUUUGCACAGGUACUGCUCAGAGUAUAUCAGAGAAGAUACAGUUGUGUUGUUGGCUAUAACGUUUCUGGUCACCUACAGCCAAACGGCUCUUCAGGCUGCUCUUUAUCCUGUGGCAAAAGAGUACUACCGUUAUGGAGAGAUGAAAAGCAUUGCAAUAUACCUCGUAUGCGGUGUUGAGGUCCUCCUGGUGUUUGUCAGUAUACGCAUCCUGAGUCGACAGCUUUCAGACCGACUGUUGCUCCUAGUUGGCCUAGUCUUCACUUGUGCGGGAACUUUCCUUUGGCUUGGUUUCAGUUUUGUUGCAAGUCCAGGAAGGUUGAGCUCGCUGCCUCUGUUUGUGCUUGGAACUGCCAUUGACCUGUUUGGAAUGCCCAUGCUGACAGUGUGCACAAGUUCUUUAAUAUCCAAGGUCACCAGCAGCAAACAUCAAGCUGUUAUGCAGUCGCUGUACAUGGGCGUAAUGCAGUUAGGCUGUACGUUGGGACCGCUGUGGACGGGAGGCACCUUGCAGCACAAGAGCAUGCUUUUUGGUGUCCCCUGUGGCCUAUCGGUGCUGUUCACGGUGCUGUUCCUUGCCUCCUUCCCACAACUUGGCCAGCAGCAGUCAGUGAAUGAGAACGGCGAGGAAGCAGAAGAGGUUCAGAGCAGACUAGAAGUCAAGCAAGCAACAAAUGAACAGCACCAGGGUGCCUCUCUUUCAAACGGUGUCAUCGCUGUGUUCGACUGCUUCCGAUCCAACGAGAGAGAAAGCAAGGAAACAAGUAGAUAAAGUUCGUCUCUUUGUAAUGCAGCAUGUGUUCAGAUAAGGACAGACUAAGGGGAGUGCCGACUAUUUUUAGUUUUCAGCGAAAUUGUUAUACAAGUUGGGAAAAUGUCUCUCUAAAAAAGAAUCAACCUUCAUUUUGCAAAACUUAACAAGGCUUUCUUGAAAAAAAAAAAUUCUUAUUUCACUAAAGGUGGAAAAGAGCGUUUUAACAAAUUGCAGAUUUGACAAAUUCAAAGGCCUAUGACUCUAAAAUUAAUGCAUUGUAACCUGCCAAAAUUUUUUCUUGUACUUCUACACCACUAGUAUUAUUGGCCCACACGAAGUUUAGUUUAUGUCACCAAGAGUGUUCUUAAAAAAUUGCAAAACCUUGGUUUUUGAGCAACUGCCUCUGACUGACCCUGUAAUCACGUGUUUUUUUGGCCAUUUUAACUAAGGCGAUGAAGCUGAAAAAUAUUCCGGACAAAUAUUCAAAAGGUUUCUUGCGAACUAAAUAAAGAAGUAUGCAACUACAUCGCGUAAUUAUUUCAUUAUAAAAUCCCCAAAAUGUCAAACUUGCAAAAAUAGCAAACAUUGGAACAUUUUAGACACCUUUAAAAAAAAUAAUCCUCUCCGAUUUUUAUGAAAAUUUAAUAAAAUACCCACCCAGGACUGUGGUAAAUCUAGUACUGCAAGAACGUGUUGGAUUAUUUCAUUUUAAUUGAGAAACUGUAUCUUAUUUUAUGACCCAUGUAUGGUGAUCCCAAUGGUCUGUCUCGUUCUAAUAAUAAAAUAAAAAUCGCACUAAUAUUGAAUUCUGAACUAAUUUUUUUUUUAAAUAGAAGAGCGACUCAUUGUGUCUAUCUCUUUUUAGCCAUGAAAUGAGUUGAGCUUGAGUUUUCAGAGCUCAAAACUAAACAUAGUCGGGGCCCCCUUAGUCUGCUCUUAUCUGAAUACACACGGUAAUGAACAAGCAAGACAGUAUCCUUCAGGAA